AACUGUUCCUCAAUUAUGUGGAACUGGUACAGCGGUCGAUCACCAGAAUCUAUUGAAUUGGUCGCUCAUGGAGUGGUCAGAGAUGAAAAUCAACAGAUAGCUAGAAGGCUGAGAGUGGGAACUAAUUGUUCUUUGCACAUUAAAAAUCUUACCACUGCUGAUGCUGGACGGUACAACUGUCGAAUGUAUCACAAUGAAAAUGAUUAUACAGAUGUUUCUGUUAUUAACUUGUCUAUUCUCAACAUUUUUGCAUCCUCUCCAGUGACAGAGCUGAAGAUUGGUAGUACAGUUACUCUUGUCUGUGAACUUCACAGCCCUGGGUCUUGUGGAAAAAGCAUUAGAGUGAGCUGGGUUAAUGAGACAGGAGUCCCACUGCAGGGAAAGAGGUACAAGCUGUCAGAGUCAGUAUGCUCCUCCAGUCUGACUGUGACACUUGAGCGCUCAGACCGCAACAUGAAGUGGAGAUGCCAGCUAACUGUGGAGGGGAAGCUGAAGGCCUCACACAGUUACACCACCAUCUUCCCUGGUGUCAGUGGUUCAGAACUUACAGUGUACUCCAGUGCAGGAGAGCUUGUCAGUUUACCAUGCAACCUUCAUGGCUCUUUUAACUGUUCCUCAACUAUGUGGCACGGAUACAGCGGUCGAUCACCAGAAUCUAUUGAAUUGGUCGCUCAUGGAGUGGUCAGAGAUGAAAAUCAACAGAUAGCUAGAAGGCUGAGAGUGGGAACUAAUUGUGCUUUGCACAUUAAAAAUCUUACCACUGCUGAUGCUGGACGAUACGACUGUCGAAUGUAUCACAAUGAAAAUGAUUAUACAGAUGUUUCUGUUAUUAACUUGUCUAUUCUCAACAUUUUUGCAUCCUCUCCAGUGACAGAGCUGAAGAUUGGUAGUACAGUUACUCUUGUCUGUGAACUUCACAGCCCUGGGUCUUGUGGAAGAAGCGUUAGAGUGAGCUGGGUUAGUGAGACAGGAGUCCCACUGCAGGGAAAGAGGUACAAGCUGUCAGAGUCAGUAUGCUCCUCCAGUCUGACUGUGGCACUUGAGCACUCAGACCGCAACAUGAAGUGGAGAUGCCAGCUAACUGUGGAGGGGAAGCUGAAGGCCUCACACAGUUACACCACCAGCUUCCCUGAUGGCAUGUACCGAGAGUUGCCGGCCCGACUGGUUGUCUUCUUCCUUCUCCUGGCCAUCCCCCCGAUUAUUGGAACCAACUUUUACAUAAGGAGGAGGAAACAAGCACAGACAGACCAAAUGCCCUCUGGACCCUCUUUGGAUUAUGUCAAUAUAGAGAUGUUGGACUGAAACGCCAUUCCUAAUUUCUCAGUCACCAAGCAAAAUGCAUGCAAUGGCUUGUAACAUCGAUAUGUAUAUAAGGGAAAUAAUAAUUCAGUUACAGUUACUGCAUAUCUUAAAUGUUGGCCUGCCAUUUUUUACUGUUCAGCACAGUAUACAUACUGCUAUGGUGAAACAAUAUUCUGGGCAUUUCUCAUUAUUAAUGCUUUGCUUAAUGCUGGCCCUAGUUGAAAUAAAAACUGAUUCCCAAAAUCCUGAA